CCUGAGGACGAGAGCGGUGUGUCAGCUGUGAAGUUUGCACCAGUUUACGUUUGCACGUCGAUCGCCGAUACCAAAGCGAGAUUUUUAAACUUUAACGGUCAGUAACAACAGUAUGUGGAAGGUCUGUGCAUCAGUGCUAAGGUCCAGUGUGCAGGGCUACAAUAAUCGGAGAGUCCUUCCCCUGUUGAGUCGACAUCUGUCGUCUGCUACCCCCGGUGCUACUGAGCCUGGGCUGACUGUGUCGUCCCAACAUGCAGGCAUCAGGACUAUCACUCUCAACAACCCAAGGAAAAGGAAUGCCCUCUCCCUGGCCAUGCUGGAGAGUCUGAGGAGGGACCUGUUGACAGGAGGGAGUCAGGAUGACCUGCAGGUCAUCAUCAUCGCUGCUGAAGGACCCGUGUUUUCUGCUGGCCACGACCUCAAUGAACUGUCCCCAGCACAUAGCAGAGAAAAGCACACUGAAAUCUUUGAUGCCUGCACCAGAGUCAUGACACUUGUACAGGACUUACCAGUCCCUGUCAUUGCAAAAGUCCAAGGUCUGGCUACAGCUGCUGGAUGCCAGUUGGUGGCCAGCUGCGAUAUUGUGGUGGCUUCAGACACAGCACAGUUUGCUACACCUGGGGUGAAAGUUGGACUGUUCUGUAGCACCCCUGCUGUAGCUUUGGGACGGGCAGUGCCCAGGAAGGUUGCCAUGGAGAUGCUCUUUACUGGACAACCAAUCACAGCACAGGAUGCACUGCUACAUGGCCUUGUGAGUAAGGUGGUACCGGAAUCAAAGUUGGACGAAGAGACCCAUAGAUUGGCCCAACAAAUUUGCACCACAAGUAGAUCAGUGACGGCCAUAGGUAAAGCCUGCUUCUACAGCCAGAUAACCAAGUCCAGGGAUGAAGCUUACAGGGAAGCAGGAGAGGUGAUGGUGGACAACCUACAGACAGAAGACGGACGUGAGGGCAUCAGUGCCUUCUUGGAGAAGAGGAAACCCACCUGGUCACACCGGUGAGAUGGUCAGGACUGACCAGUGGUCUGUGGUCACUCUUCAACAGGACAAGUGGUCAUCAAGCAUGGCCUGGUCACUGAGCAAAUCGGUGGUCUCAUCAAGGCAUAAUUUCAAUCAUUUCAUAUUUGAUACGCCAAAUGUGUGUGUUAACAAAGAGAUUCUGCCCAAAAUGGUCGAAUAGCGGUUAUAUAAUAGCCCGGUCCAGCAAGUGUCAUUCAGCUAAACAUGGCCCCAAUAUACACGUAGCAGAAGCUAUCUGCUAAAAUAUGACAGCUGUACAUAUUCUAACAUAUGUCGUAAGAAGACUGCACUACAUGUAGCUUUAUUCAAUAAAUGACUUGACAAAUGUGCAAUGAUAAUUGUAAUGAUAGAAAUAUGUGAAAAGUUUCUAAAAAUCAAGAGGUCACUACACAAUUUGCCUGAAGAAGAUUUUUACUCUACAUGUAACGUUAUAUGGUUUCCCCACACCUUGCUAAUGGAGUGUGUAUGUUGAAAGUAUUCAGAGGAAAGCUAACAAAUACGGGAUUUCUAUGAAUUACAUGUAUUAUCAAUGUAUUACAAUCAAAGGUAAUUAUAUUUACUAGAUUAUUAAAUUGUAUUUUUGUCGCAAUUCAUAAAGAGGUCUUUAAUUUUUCAUGAUGU